AUGUUCCAUGUAGGAAGGUCAAUUGAGCCUUUUUCCUUGAACUCCCUUCUCCUCUUGUCCCCCUUCUUCUCCCUGCUGCGUCGCCCCUUGCUCGCCGCCGCUGCUGCUGCCGCUGCGGCGAAGCAGCAUCCGCGCACGCACAGGUCCAAGCCCGACGGCAAGCCCAUGAACAUCGGCUUCCGCAUCAUGUCCGUGCUCAUCAAAUACGUCGAAGCCCUUCCUGCCGAUAAGGCCAAGGUGGUGAAGCAGGCCCGUGUGACCGCGCUUCUCACAGACGACAGCGGCGCCGUCACCGGCGUCAAGUACGAGACCCCCGCGGCUGACGGAUCUGGCGGCAAGGAAGAGACGGAGGUGAAGGCGUCCGCAGUCAUCCUCGCCACAGGCGGCUAUUCCGCCGACAAGGCCGAGGGAGGUCUGCUGGACCAGCACACUCCUAAGCUGCGAAACCUGGCGACCACCAACGGGCCGUUCGCGACGGGCGACGGCGUGCGACUGGGCGUGGCGGCGGGCGCGGGGCUGAUCCACAUGGAUCAGGUGCAGCUGCACCCGACGGGGUACGUGGAUCCCAAGGACCCGCGCAACCCCGUCAAGUUCCUCGCGCCCGAGGCCCUGCGCGGAUGCGGCGGUAUUCUUUUGAAUGAGAAGGGCGACCGCUUCGUCAACGAGCUGACUACGAGAGACGCUGUGGUGGAGGCGAUUCUGAAGCACUGCGGCCCACUCCCGGAGGUGCCAGACGCGCCAGCAGGGGGCGCGGACAUGCCCGCUGUGUCGUACCUGAUUCUAAACCAGGAGGCCAUCAACAAGUUCGACCCGCUCUCCUGCCAGUUCUACAUCGGCAAGGGGCUUAUCCGCAAGUUUGACAGCGUGGAGGCACUGAGCGAGGGCACCAAGCUGCCAGCAGCCAACGUGAAGGCUGCUCUGGACGCGUACGGCCACCAUGACGCAGAGAAGGGCGACCCCUUCGGCAAGACCGUCUUCCCUGUGCUCUUCAACUCCUCGGAGCCCCCGCUGUACGUGGCCAUCAUCACGCCGUCGCUGCACUACUGCAUGGGAGGGCUCAAGUUUGACACCAGCGGCCGCAUCCUCAAGGAGGAUGGCUCGCCCAUUCCUGGCCUCUUUGGAGCUGGCGAAGUGACAGGUGGGCUGCAUGGCGCAAACCGUCUGGGUGGUAACUCCCUGCUUGAGUGUGUGGUGUAUGGCCGCGUGGCUGGCAUCAGUGCCUUUGACCGCAUUGGUAAAUCUGCUGUUUAG